AUGCCAUACAGAGCUCAUCCUCCCGCACAACUCGUCCCCUACGAUCCAAGACAAGAAGGAUUAUACAUGGUCGCUGGGAAAGGAGAUGGAAGCCCAAGGAAGGUCGUCGCGUAUUAUAGAGAUGGCAGAGAUCCAAGGUCAAACCGUUAUCACGGCGGAAUGAGAGGGGAUAUCUCGAGUGAGAGUAGUUGGUGGUCCAGCUCAAAUUGGAGUGAAAAUAGUGAUUCCACGGCCAAAUCAAUGGGAGGUCUAUUCUACAACGCAUUGGCAAAUAUCCGAGAUAGAUUCUACGAUAAUCUCUAUUUGAGCCCUCAAUCCCGCAGAUAUCGCUAUACUCGUCGUGCUCCUUCGACGAGGUCGUAUUCCGACUCGAGUGAAGAGUAUUGGAAUAGAUCUGGCUCGGAAUCGUCUUCAUCUUCUAUUCCUAGUUGUUAUACUUGCUCUUCAGCCUCCGAAUCCUCCUUGCCGGAUAGAUACAGAGUUCAACCUGAAUUCAUGUACCCAGUAAGAUACAGAGAACAUCGACAUCACCCAAGACCAAGAUAUGUACGCGAACGAGGUUUUUGGGAGAGGAUCCUUGGCUGGUAG